AUGGAAGUCGCCGAGCUCCUCAAGAAAGGCUACCUAAGGGAGUUCCUCUCGGAUAAGGCCAAGAACCUCCUAAAUAAGGAAGGUCCCGGUCUCCCUAUCGAAGCUGCUCCCGCAUUGCUACCACAGCAAGAUCGGGUGAUCCAUGUCAUCUCAGGAGGAUCGGAGGUAAGCGGAAUUAGCAGUGCCGCUGCCAAGAGAAGUACUCGCAACGCCAGGAACUGCCAAGAAGCCGAGGGUCCUAAGCGCCUACUCCUCGGAACAGACGAGAUCAGCUUCACUGCAAGGGAGCAGGAGAAGCGAACACUAGUAGACAAUGGAAGCUCCAGCAACAUAAUCUUCCAUUCGGCCUUCGCCGACCUAGGGUUUGAACCUACAGCUCUAACCAGAAAGGCGACUCCCCUUGUAGGCUUCAGUGGAGAAGUCAAGCAAACCUUGGGAGAGGUCCUUCUCCCCGUGUACGCUGAGGGGAUAAACCAAGCCACAAAGUUCCUAGUCGUCGACUGCCCUUCAUCAUACAACGUGAUAUUGGGAAGGCCUUGGAUCCACGACAUGGGAGCCGUACCUUCAACUUUACAUCAGCUGGUCAAGUUCCCAACCCCCUGGGGCAUUAAGACGAUCAAGGGAGAUCAAGAAAAUGCUAGGUCCUACUAUCGGACCACCCUAAAGGGGAAGACCAAGGUCUUAUAG